CACCGUUCUUCUGUUUUUAGAAGAAUGUAGCAGGCAUAAACAUGAGCUAAGAAACCCAAAAAUCAGGCGCAGGACGGUGUUCCUUAAAAUUAAGGAGGCGAUGGAGGGUAAAGGCUACAAUUUUAAAGAGAGCUCGCUGGAAAAGAAGCUGGGCAAUUUAAAGAUAAGGUAUAACCGCAUCCUGGAUAACAACAAAAAAACUUCCACAGGUCGAGGGCGCAUGUCCUGGCCCUACUUCGAACAAAUGUGCCUAAUAUAUGAAGACGAAGUUAAUGUCAGGGAUGCGCCUACAGUGAGCUCUCUGAACCCUUCAUCGCUGUGUGCUCCCUCGGAUUGCACUCCCUCGGAUUGCACUCCCUCUACCUCCAAACAAGCAACCCUUCGCUCAAAAUUAGUUGCACUGGAGGAGGAAAAGGUGGAAAUCGCGCGAGGGGUGCUAAAUGAAUUGAAGGAAAUGCGAGUUCUAAAACAGAAAAGGUUGGAAUUCGAGAUGCUUAAAUACAAGGAAGAAAAAGAAAAUAGAACAAAUAACUGAGAACUUUGCAGAGAUUGGAUGGAGAGUUAUCGUGUGUAUUUUUUGUUAAUGAAUUUUAUAAUUUUUGUUUUUAACUGUGAUGAAAUACUUUUUUUUUAAAUGAAUUGUUUUUUUUUUUGUUUAGUAUUAAGUGUGUUAUUUUUAUUUUUAAGAAAGCUUAUAGUUAGGUUAAGAUUAGUUUAUAAGUUUAGUAAUAAGAUUUUUAGUCAUGAAGACAAACUGAAGUUCCUUUUUUUGUAAACAAAACAAAGUACAAAUAAAAAAAUUAAUUGAAAAAAGUA